AUUUCAGUUGUUAAUGUCUUUUGGCCAUCGACACAUCGAAUUCCUGUAGAACCAAAGAGGUUAAUACAUAGUACCUGUCGACUGCAUUUAACAUGUGCAACGCUCUCUGCGAAUGUCUCAAAUGCCCCGGCAAAGUUGUUUGCUGCUGCUGCUCCUGCGCCUGCAAAAUGCUGAUGAGCAUUUUCUGCUCUGUUAUUGUCUUGCUGGUCGUCAUUGGAUUAAUUGUUUACUUCACGGUAUAUUAUCACAAGGAUAAGGAUACCAAAGACAUUCAGCAGCAGGUCUCCCAACUCACGCCCAUUGUAAAGCGCAGCAUACGCGAUUAUUUUAAUAAGGAAUAUUGAUCUAGGGCGAUGAAUUUAUAUCAUAGACAUUAAUAACUCCCAAAAAAAAAACUAAAUUAACCGAA